AAUAAUAUUCGUAGAUAGUAAAAAGUGGUUUGUUUGUAUGCUAAGGAGGGUACAUUUAUUAUAUACAAAUAUGUUAAUAUUUAUAGCAUGAUAAUAAAAUAAAAAUAUGUAUAGGUCUAAAAAAAAUUACAUAUAAUACUCAUAUAGGUAAGUUGGUCUACAAAUAAUACUAAUUUACAUACUAAAGAAUUUACUUAGGAUCAGAUUAACUGUCACAUAAUUUAUGAAAAGGUUUUUCUAAAGCAUAUUUAAAUCAGAUUAUAUAAAUAGGAGGAAGAUUUUUUUAUAAAUAAUUUUAUUCAUAUUGCUUUACAAUGAUGUAUUUGUUAUGGAAAUUACACGAUUAAGAAGAUCUGUCAGGUAUUAUAUAAAAUAUAUGAAUGAUUAAAUAUGAGGAUAAAUUCAAGUAUAAAAUAGAAUGUUUUAUGAGAGAAUAUUUAGUUUGUUAAAAUGCAUUGCCCAGAGCAGUAUGUUAAAGAUAAUGGUCUGCAACGGAAGGAUGCCAAGGAUAUUUCAAAUACAUAUAUUAAAAAAAUGGUUUGGAAAUCUAAUGAAAUAGUUUUAGACAUAGGAUGUGGACCAGGCGAUGUAACCUCAGAUAUUCUUUAUCCUUUAUUAAAGAAUAAGAUCAAUCAGUUGGUUGGUGUUGAUAAAUCAAUAGAAAUGAUUGAAUAUGCUAAAAAAACAUAUGGAUGCUCCAAGAUAGAUUUCAAAGUUUUGGAUAUUGAAAAUGCCAAUGAUUGUUCUUUUUAUUUGCACAGAUUUAAUAAAAUAUUUUCAUUUUUUUGUUUUCACUGGGUUUGUAAUAAAGCUGAUUCUUUUUGUAAUAUGAAUUUGAUGUUGAAAAGUGGUGGAGAAAUUUUGUUAACCUUCUUGUUUAUCAAUCCAAUAGUUGAAUUGUAUAAACGUAUGGAUACAGAAUGGCAAAAAUAUAUUAAAGAUUUAAAACAAAUAUCAUAUGAUUUUUACUCACAAGAUAAAAUGAGAGAAACUAUUAUCAAGGCUGGAUUUCGAAUUAUUAAUUUAGAAUUAAGUGUCAAAAAAUAUACAUUUCCAGACAUGUCAUCACUUUUGAGUGCCAUUAAAUCAGUAGAUGAUAUGUACAAUAUUUUGCCACAACAUUUACAUGACAGAUACUCCUUACAUAUUAAGGAUAAAUUAUAUGAGACAAAAAUGAUUGAAAUAUGUCCAAUUACUGGAAUAAUAAUCAAUCCAUAUCUUACUAUUACUGUGCAUGCUAUCAAAGAUUAAAGUUUAAUUCAGAAAUAUUAAAUAUCAUGAUACUUUUUAGGUUACUUUAUAACUAAGUAUUAUUAAAGAAUUAGAAUAAUUAAGUAAAAUUCCUCUAUUUAUACUAAGAGUAUUACUUUGGGACGUGUUAUUAUAAAAUUCAGUGACAGUGGGUGGACUACACUUCCUUAAAAAUUGUGUUCAAUUAUUGGUUGAGAAUCUACCUACUGAAAAUCAGUAGUUGCUAAGAAUUUUUUUUAAUAUACAUUGACUAUAUUAUAUUAUAUGAGGUGUAUAAAAUAAUUUAUAUUGUCAUUUUCC